AUUUUAUUCGUGUCAUACUGCAUCGUUAGUGGAAAUGUGAUUGUCAAAUCAAGUGGUCUUUCCGUGUUGAAGUGUCAUGGACUUUACUAAUAGCAAGAAUGUAGAAACAAAAGGAUGCGACAAGGAUGUCCUGCGAAUCACAAACCUAAAAGUAUGGACACCAGAGGAGAAGUCAUGGUGGAGACGGAAGGUUACGAAGCCGAAGACUGUGAUAUUGAACAAUGUUACAGGCUGCAUAAAGGAAGGCGAAUUUGUUGCUGUACUUGGACCAAGUGGUGCAGGCAAGACGACAUUUCUGGUGUCCCUAGCUGGUAAAUGCUCCCUGCCUUCCGAAGGUGUCGUUACAGUGAAGGGUACAAAUGUCAGGGAACUUCAAGACGUGGCCGAGGUGGUCCCUCAAUCUGAAGCAUUCAUGCCCAGUUUAACUGUCAUGGAACAUUUGGUGUUUAUGACAGAAAUGAAACUUGGGAGCUGUAAGACGUCAACUAACAGAGUAAUACUGACGGAAUUGAUGCACGAAUUGAAACUUAAACCUCUUGAGCACACGUUAACUAAUGCUCUUUCUGGUGGAGAGAGGAGGUUGCUGUCUUUGGCUACAUCACUUCUAUCAAACCCAGAAAUACUAAUCUGUGAUGAACCAACGACGGGUCUCGACAGCUAUAAUGCGAGUUUAGUAAUAGGUGUCUUGAAGAAAAUAGCCUCUUUUAAUAAGGUGGUGAUUUGUUCAGUACAUCAACCUUCAUCUGAUCUCUUUAAAGAGUUCAGUUCUAUAAUGCUGAUGGCUGAAGGAAGACUCCUAUUCCAAGGCACCCAAGAUGAUUGUAGAGAUUUGUUUGAGAGCAUAAAUCUCCAUUGCCCGAAUAACUACAACCCAGCCGAGUUCUACAUCCGAGCCGUAUCUAGUUGGGAUACAAACGAGAAUCAUGCGCAGACACUCACGGAAAUAUACGAGCAAUCGCCGAAGUGCCACGGAACGCGUACUCGUAAUAAAGGCAAAAGGGCGGAGGAACAUAGAAUAUGCCAAAGAAACUGGCUUAUACAAGUAUAUUUAUUACUAUGGAGAUCAUCUUUAACACUGCCGAGAGAAGUGCUAAACAAUUUGUUCCAGCUGUUUGUUUGUCUGGGAAUGUCUUCAAUAGUAAUCGGUACAUGCUACGUCGGUAUCUCAGGCACCACUCAGAGAGGGAUACAAGACCUUAGGGGGUACCUAUGGCUGAUCUGCAGCGAGAUUUGCUUCAGCCUCUCCUACAACGCCCUCUAUGUGUUCGAGGGGGAGCUGACUCUCUUCAGGAGGGAGGUUGGAGUAUACAGAACUUCAGCGUACUUUGUUGCGAGGUUUUUCAGUCUGAUUCCUCGAUGUAUAAUCUGGCCAGUCAUGUUCGUCGUUGUAGCCACGAUAACUGUGGAGCUGCCCAACUACGUCAUCACUUCUCUGGAGUUUAUUCUCGCUUUAAUGUGGGCUUCCGUGGCUGCUACUGCUUACGGCCUCGGCAUGGCAGCCCUCUUCACAUCAACCGGCGUCAUGGGUGACGUCAUGCCCUGCGCUGACCUCCCUCUCUUCCUCAUGUCCGGAGCCUUCCUGAGGAUAUCUUCCCUGCCCAUCUGGUUGCACCCUGUCAAAUACAUCUCCCACUUCUACUAUGUCAUGGAUGCUUUGAGCAACAUUUAUUGGAGGCAGAUCGACCACAUUGAUUGUCCAUAUAACACAACGAUGUGUGUCAACGACGGUAUCUCAGUAUUAGUUGAAAAUGGGUACGCAAAGGACUUCAUUCUACAAGAUACUUUGGGUCUACUUUGUGUUACUAUAAUUUGGUCUGCCUUGGGUUAUUACGGUUUAAAGCGAGAAGAAAAGAAGGGGUAUGCUUAUUAGAAUAAGAAAACUUUAUUAAAUUAUGGAAAAAUAUUGUAUUUUCA